AAGCAUCCCUCAUGCCAUUCCUCAUCCCUCAUGCCAUUCCUCAUCCCUCAUGCCAUUCCUCAUCCCUCAUGCCAUUCCUCAUCCCUCUCCCAUCCCCUCGUGUUUUCUGACUUCCUACAGCGGAUCCGCUCAGAUCGACUUCAUCUCCGGCUCAAGCGUCUCGACCUCCUCUUCCUCUUCCUCAACGGCCUUCAUCAUCCACGGAUGGCUGCUCGGCAUCGCGUUCGGAAUCCUCAUGCCCGCUGCUAUUCUCAUCUCGCGAAUCUUCCUCGCCGAUAAGCUCCAGGAGAAGCCGCCCGGCGUGGACCACAUCCAGUGGGAGGAGCAGAUUGCGCGCGCGAAAUCCUGGAAGCCUAUGGCUUUCGAAACGCACAAGUGGAUGCAGAUUGUCGCGGUUGUGCUGGCUAUCGCGGGGUGCAUAAUCGGAAUGGUUGAAUCCGGUUCGGUGGGUCUGAAGGGAACCCACGGCCAGCUCGGAAUCGCAAUCUUUGUGAUGAUUUUCAUCCAGCCUGUGAUUGGUCACUUCCGGCCAAACAAGGGUACAGUGAAUCGGCCGACGUGGUUUGUUAUCCACUGGGUGUUCGGCCUGGUUAUUGUCGGACUCGCUUGGGUGAACACGUUCCUUGGGUUCGACGCCAUGGCGGCUAAAUUCGCCUCCGACAUGCAAGUGUAUUUCAUCAUCUUCGCGAUUGCGAUCGGGCUAUUUGCGGCGAUCUACGUGGUCAUCUUCACGGUGGAUCAGGUGGCGUUCAUUCUCGCGAAGUUGAGACCUGUAGCGGAUGAAGGAAGUGGAAAGCUGGUUGAUGAAGUGUAG